UCAGCGCUGCAGGUCUCUGCGCCGCACAGGAGGGAAUAAUUCAUUUUUGCCUCGGUUACAUAUGUUGAUGAGGAGGAAGUGCUUUGUGAACGGAUUCUGAGGUCACUUUUAAUCAUAUUUUUGUGUGCAAGGAGCAGGGGGGGGGGAUUAAAAUUCUUCGGCUGAACGAAUUUCUCUCCUCUUUUCCUCGACUGAAGAAAAAAGUUUGCUUUUGAGAGCCGACACAGCUGGAGUCUGCAGAUGGAAAGAAGCUCGCAUUGGACACCGAGUGCACAUUGUUCCGGAGCACUCCCGACAUGGGCCGGGAGUCACUGAGAAGGUGAAGGCUGCUCCACCACACUGCGACUGCUCAUAUAACUGCCGUUGGGUCCGGGACUGUGAACCGCUCGCAGGCUGUUUACCAUGGCGUCUAGUCUGACAUGUACAGGUGUUAUCUGGGCCCUACUGUCCCUGCUGUGCGCCGCUGCCUCCUGCGUUGGCUUCUUCAUGCCCUACUGGCUGCUGGGGACGCAAAUGGGCAAGCCGGUGUCCUUUGGCACGUUUCGCCGCUGCUCCUACCCGGUGAGGGACGAGGAGAGGCAGGCCACGGUGAUGCUGGAGCAAUGCGGCCGCUACGCCUCCUUCCUCGGCAUCCCGAGCCUGGAGUGGAGGAUCUGCACGGUGGUGACGGGGGUGGGGUGCGGCCUCCUCCUGCUGGUGGCCCUCACAGCUCUCAUGGGCUGCUGCAUCUCGGACCUCAUCUCGCGUACGAUCGGCCGCGUGGCCGGCGGCAUUCAGUUUGUAGGAGGUCUGCUCAUCGGAUCUGGCUGUGCACUCUAUCCACUGGGUUGGGACAGUGAGGAGGUGCAGCAGACAUGCAACAACAGCUCAAACCAGUUUCAACUCGGUUCCUGCCAGAUCGGCUGGGCGUAUUACUGCACAGGGGCAGGGGCGGCGGCCGCCAUGCUGCUGUGCACCUGGCUGUCUUGUUUCGCGGGGAAGAGGCAGAAGCGGUACCCGUACUGAAGGGAGCUUCGCGGGGGUACGGGGAAAGAGAGAGGAGCCCCGGACCUCACACCAGUACAGCACAUCAGGCACCAAAGACACCAAGUCAUUAUGGUGCAUCAUGGGACACAACUCAUCUGACAACUGCAGGGACUGUUUCAUAAUUCAACGCACACGCACACACACACACACAUACACACACACACAGCUUUAAAAAAAACUUGUUAUUUUCUCAAGAGCUGUUCUUAAAUGAAAAUGGACCAAUCCUAUUUGUAAAAUUGUUACAUUUCUUUAAGUAUUCUUUUUUUUCUUCUCUUCUUCCUCUUCAGUCAUUGGUGUUUAUGUGCAUAGUGUGCCCUGUGAUGAUGAAGAGAAAAGUAAUCUUGCUUCAUUGUUCCGUGAAGUGUUUCUGUCUCCUCUUCCUGUCUCAUCCUUGCCUUAAACACAAACUGAAAUGCAAUAAUCCCUCUCACGUAAAGCAAUCCAACACUGGCUGCCUGCUUCCUCGACUCGACUCGACCUAUUCAAAAGUCUAAGCAUAGUUUAUUUAACGCAUUCAUAAGAUGAUAUAUGUUGUGUAUGAUAAUGUAUUUUAUCAUAUUAGCACAUGUUUUGUAUUCACUCUUCAAAGUAUUCUUUGUCAUUAUUCUCAUUUUGUAAAUAAAUGUUUAUUGAAA